AUGCUCAGAAACAACAACGACAACGGCAACAGAAAGAGCGACGAAAAGGAGGACGACGGUAUUGAGAAUACGACCGCGACGCGUUUUCGUCGUUUACGUCGUGUGCAAACUCCGAAAAAGCUCUUCUCUUUCCUCCUGUCCUCGUCGUCGCUUUCAUCAUCGAAGAAGAAGAAGAAUUCAAAAUUGAAUCCGACGAUGGACGAAGCCCUUCGAAGAAGACUCUCUUUAGUCGCCGAAUACGCGAACGAGAUGAUGGACGACGUUUUCAACAACAACAACAACAACAACAACGCAAAAAAGAAGUUGUUUUUUGAGUACAAACUCGGGACGACGGAGGAGCAAAGGCAAGAGCGGAUCGAAAGACAGUUAGGGUCGUCCUACGAGGAGGAGGAGGAGGAGGAAGAGGAGACGAGCGGUAAUAGCGGUACUAAUACUACUUCAAAAGGAAACGACGAGAGGAUUGAAAACAACUCUUUAUUAACGUUGGGUGUUGAUUCAACCAUAGACGAACCGACCACGAUUGAGGACAUUCUUUUUCCUCAGGGAGAGUUGCGACGAGAAGUCGACGCGUUAGAGAAGGAUCCGGAUGACUUUGAUUUCGAAGGCGAGGAAGAUUUCGUGGCGUCGUUGUCGAAAAAUGAAUUGUUUCGAAACGUGAGCGCGGAAACCAGAGGGUUUCUUUUGUUUAACUUGAUCAUUUUUAUGAUGGGUUCGAACAUAGUUUUGGUGAAAAUGGCGCAGACGAAUAUAAGUCCGGACGCGUUUGGGUUGUUUCGCUUUUUGGCGGCGAGUUUGACGUUUUUGCCGUUUUCGAAGUACGCUUUGAGAGAUUCGAGGAUUUUGAAGAUGGGAAUAGAGCUUGGGUUUUGGUGCGCGGUGGGGUAUUAUUUUCAAGCGGUUGGUUUGGAUAUCACGGACGCGUCGUCCGCGUCGUUCAUUUCAUCGUUUACGGUUAUUUCCGUGCCGUUGAUUGCCAUGUGGGCGGGGAGGAAAGUGCCGAAGAGCACGUGGGCGGCCAUCGCGGUGGCUAUUUUUGGUUUAGCGUUAAUCGAAGGCGUGGUGCCUAUACCCGGUUUAGAAGCGCACGAUACCAAAGAAGCGCUAUCAAUUGUCUCCGAUGCGGUUUCUGACGUCGUCUCGACGUCCGUGUUGACUGGAGAGGUUGUCCAAUCGAACCCGUUUGAAGUCUUGGACUCGGCGUUGUCGCUUCCUUUGGAAAGCGUAACCGACAUCGCCGAAGUCGCCACGGUGGAAACCGUCCAAAGCUUAUACGGUGACUUCGCCAUUCUUAUUUCCGCCGUAGUGUUUGCCGUGCAAGUUUUUCGCACGGACGUCCUAGCGAACGAAGAACACUUAGGCACGAAAGAAAUGAUGGGCAUGUGUUCGAUUCAACUCUUCGUCGUGACGCUCUUUUUCGGCGGAACUUUACUGAACGACGUCCCGCGCGACGAUGGACAGUUAUCCACCCUCUUCACCAACAGCCUCGCUGAACUCUCCACAUUCGAUUGGCACUCCGUUCCGUGGUUCUUAGUCGCGUACACCGGCGUUGUAACCACCGCGUUCGCGUUAUACGCGGAAACCGUCGCGCUGAAAUACAUCCCGUCUGAAAAAGCGAGCGUGAUUUACACGACGGAACCGCUCUGGGGCGCCGCGUUCGCGUACGUUUUGUUAGGCGAACGCAUGGGUAUAAACGGCUACAUAGGCGGCGCUUUAAUCCUAGCCAGCUCGUUCUUAUCCUCCAGCUCGAAUAAAGCCAUCGUUCUGCCGGGAGAAGAAGAAGAAGCAUCCGCCAUGAAAAAAAUCGAGUAG